CCGUAAUUUUGUCGUCUGACACAUGUGAACAGAAUCCGGAAACACAUUUUUGCCGAAAAAUGUUGUAUCUUGUGGGUCUCGGGCUUGGCGAUGCGAAGGACAUCACUGUGAAGGGUCUGGAGGUUGUGAGAAGGUCGAAGCGAGUGUUUCUAGAGGCUUACACGUCCAUUCUCACGUGUGGGAAGGACGCUUUGGAGGAAUUUUACGGCAGAGAAGUUAUUCUUGCUGACAGAGACAUGGUGGAACAAGAAUCAGAUGCAAUUUUUAAAGAUGCCAAGGAGGAAGAUAUCGCCUUCCUAGUGGUUGGAGACCCCUUUGGUGCCACGACCCACAGUGACCUCGUGCUGCGUGCAAUAGAACUGGACAUUCCAUAUAAGGUCAUCCACAAUGCCUCCAUCAUGAAUGCUGUUGGCUGCUGUGGACUCCAGUUGUAUAACUUUGGUGAGACUGUGUCUGUGGUGUUCUGGACAGACGACUGGAAACCUGACAGCUACUAUGACAAGAUAGCAGCCAACAGGGAGAAGGGAUGGCACACACUUUGUUUGUUAGAUAUCAAAGUGAAAGAGCAGUCUAUAGAAAAUCUGAUGAAGGGAAGGAAAAUCUACGAGCCCCCGCGUUACAUGAUGGUGAAGCAAGCAGCCCAACAGUUCCUGGAAAUUGUGCAGAAGAAAAGAGAGCAAGGAGCAGAAAAACUUGCCAUUGAGGAAGACACCGUCUGUGUUGGUUUGGCAAGAGUUGGGACGGACACACAACAGAUCGUAGCCGGCACGCUGACACAGCUGACUGAGCUGGACAUGGGCGGACCGCUCCACUCUCUGGUCAUCCCUGGACACAUGCAUCCGCUGGAGAUAGACAUGCUCAGGCACUUCGCCAUAGACAGGGAGAACUUUGACAGAAGUGUACGUGUGGAGGAAUAAACUGUCUUGUAUUUG